AUGGUUUUUGUCAGUCAGAUGCGCGGUAAACCGAAGCGCACCUGGGACUCGCUUUGCUACCCUGCCCCUACCACGCCUGACGAUAGUACCACUCCCGCCCCAUACACCGAGCCGUUUCCACUGUUCUUUCUGCCGGUGGAGAUCCAGCUCAUAAUCUACCGCUUUGCGUGGACGACUGGACCAGUAGAAGAGCACCCCUACACGUUUCUCACCGAUGAUCUCUUGUACUUCGUUCGCCGUACCAAGAAAUCGAACGAUUUGAUACAGAUUGAACUGAGCGAUAAAAUCCAAGAGGAGCUCUCGACAGUUUGUGCCAUGGGCGCUACCUGCCGCCACAUGAGGCAUGUCGUUUACGACGAGUAUUUUUCGCGUACUCAGGCAGUGUCACAAUUCAACAUCAUCUCAUUUCAACAUAACAGCAUCGACACGGGCUUAAAUGCCAUGAACCACAACGUGCGACCGGUUAUAGAAGGGUCGAUCUUUCUUUCGGAACAUGCCCGGCAUGCAUGUCUCGUGAUAAAUGAUGUGCAUGUUAAGUUCGACGAGGGCUUGGAAGAUCACAGGUUGAAAUGGUUAAUGGGCCUGAAGAAGUUGACGACGCUGGAGGUGGUGUUCGAACAGCAGCAAUACACGGGAUGGAGAAAUAAAACUUGGUGGUGGAAGGGUCACCCGGGCCUCGAGGCGGCAAAACUUGGACUUCAGAGUCUGCCGCGCUUAGAGAAGCUGGUGUUAAGGCUCAAGUGGUCUCAUAGCCAGCCACAGAAAGAAGCAAUUUCAUGGGAUGAUGUCCCAUGGUUCCAGGAACUUAGAGACGUGUUCUUAGAGAACGUUGCUGUGUCCGAGAGCCCCGAGAAGCGCUGCUUCAAAUUCAAUAAACAUAUCGGCGUCACAUAUCACGACUGGCCGUGUUCCUACAAGAUCUAA